CUCAACACUGCAGACACAAUGGCCGUCCGAGCUCUCAUCGCUGCUACCGCCUUCUUGGCCGUCUUCCAGGGCUCCAGCGCGGCAGCCGCCGUGGACGUCCUGCCCCAGGCGUUCCUCACCGCGACGGCCCCCCUGCCCCUACCAGAGCACAGCGUCUACUUCUACAUCAGCAACGCCACCGCCGUCAAACAGCAGGUGCAGAGCGCCUUACGGGCCUACCUCGCCGACAUGGGCAUGACCGUGGACAUGAUGGCCGCCAGGACGCUCAGGCAGCUGUACCAGCAGGAGAGCAACUACUUCAAGCACUUUGAGUACCUCGCACUGCACCCUGAGCAGCUGGUGCCCACUUCGUACGACUCGGCACUGCCGUACCUGGGCGCCCUCUACCGUCGGAUGGUCGCCCUUGUAAAGGAUGGAGCUUCAGCCCCCAGCAGAGCUGUUCCGCAGGUCUCUCGGAACCUGCGUCAAGUGGAGUAUUCCGAAUGGAGCCCAGAGGACUCCUAUGUCAAUCUGCCUGAGGUGGUUGGCAGUGGCCUUUCAGAGCUACGUUCCUGGGUCAACAACUUGCUGGUUACUGGCCUGUCAGCCACCAACAGCCAAUUGGCGGGCAUAAUGAAGAAGACACGUGAAGAGCAACUCAUCCCAUACGUGCAGAGUGCCCAGUUCAAUGCGAGAAGGGCCAGUGGAUGGUACGAGGAUAAGUUCCAGCAGUACUCCAGCCCAGAGGUCUACCAGGACUUUGUGGCUGCUCGGCAGGAACUGUGGGACCUCCAGCUGGUCGCCUAACCACCAACUCAUGGAAUCUCAUAACGUGUAAAACCUCAAUAAACACUGUCAUCUUAUGAAGUAUGCUAA